UUUGAGAAACGGCGUCCCCACCAACUGGCGCCGCGCCGGUCGGACGCCCUCGCCGAGAGCGGAGGGCGACGAGGGAACGAGGGAGAAGAGGAGGAAGACGAGGCCAAGGGACAGAACGGCACGAGAAGAGCGGGCCCGCGGCCUCAGACUCCAUCCGGCAGAAAGAGACACAGUACACGACGACCAGCGGGCCACCCAAGAGGCACACAAGGAAGUCGAGCAGGACCACGUACUGGCGUUAACCUCUGGAUCGAAAACCACAUACCAGCGGUAACCUCUGGAUCCUUGUGCACCGCGCCCAAGCUCCUCAUCCAGGACCUGCUUCUCUAGCAACAUGCCCUCCCACUGCGCGUAGCUCGAAGGGUCGCGGCCCUCGCGUAGAUGGCAGGCCUGCACAACAGCUUGCACAUCAUCAGGAAAGACCACGAGCUGGAACCGAGACUCACCAACCAGAGAUGUGAUCCGCUCCGCGCGCCCAAUAUACCCAUCUUCCAAAAUCGUGGCAAAGCGCCACCUGAAGAGAUCAAGUAGCCACCCGCAGUGCUGACACACGUCCCAAAUGUCUUGGCCGAAACCGUCCGUAGAUAUAUCAUCAGGCCACACGAUCUCAUGUACCACUCGUACACGUACAAUCGCAGCACCUGGCUGCCAAGCAAGCGACCCCAGGUCGCCGAGCGAACGAAACUCACACACUAGUUCACAAAGGAUGGUCGACGUCUCUGCGUCCAGCUUCAUCAUGGCCUCACGCACCGCAGCGAAACAAACCUCUAGAGCACUACGGGGGACACCAGGACAACCCGCUCCAUCUUCAGCAGGAAGAACAUCACGAGGGACCAAACGAUCAGGAUCACAAGGCUCAGCGUGACUGCGGCCACCACGGUACUGAAGUACUCCACCAGGGGGGCAACCGUGAAGCACAUGAUUUGGAUAUCCACAUUGCAACCAGCAGGAAUGAAAAUACGGGCUUCCUUGCUGGGUCGGAACGGAGGAACCACAGGAAGCCCCAGCGGUGGCCUAUCACCUUCAGAAAAGCAGCCAGCAGGGCAGCCACCAAGACCAGAAAGAUCCACAUCAGCAUGACGCCAAAUACUGCCUGGACAGUGCUCACCAAGCAUGUCAGGUACAGGGGGAAGGACUGAACGACCAUCUCCAUGGUCAUGUAGGUGACCAGUACACUCCAACAGCGCACCAUCAGCGUGUCGAUGGUAACACUCCCGCCCUCCAUGAAGACCGCCGUCAGGACUCUGAACAUCGAAACGAAGAUGAUCAGCAACUAAAAGAAGACGACAACCGUCAGGAAGGUGCUCACAGAGCACACCAGGCACAGGAGGAAAGACUGGACGACCCUCUCCACAUUCACGUAGGCGACGAGUAGAAUCCAGCAGCGCACCAUCAGGAGAAUGAACACCGUGACGAGCGCGAGCAGCAGCCAGAGAAACACAAGGCAGGCCCAGCUGUUGAUGCCGAGGGGCCUUGUGUAGCGGACCAGCAGGAACAGGACACCAUGGGUCGACUGCUCCAUCGUGCCACGGGCCUGAGCCACCCUGCCGAUGAUGCCAAUUCACCGCGGGACCAAGAGGAAGCCGUCGUCGCGCACCGCAAGACCCUGGGUCGCCACCAUGACCAUCGCCACCAUCACUGCCAUCAGGAGGCAAGCAAUCAAGAGGAAUAGCAUGAGCGGGCACAGCGGGGCCAGCACGCAGCGAGAACUAGAUGUUGAUCUCGCUCUGCUGAGCGCCUCCAUGCCGGCGGCCGCCGUCCACGACCUCGCAAACUUUCGCCACCCCCCUCAAACUCUCGAUCUGGGGCAUCGAGCAGACCACGUGUCAUCGCCGAUGUGGCUGGCGCGCUAUGCUGCACGAUGAGCUUCGCCUCGCCCUUAGACAGGUCAGCAGCAGAGAAGAUGGCGAUCCGAACAUUCCCACCUGCCGCGAUGCAGCGGAGGACCCAGAAGAGGCCCGCCGAGCACCGCCAUGCGCGCGCCUCAGCAUGUGCCGAGGGAAGCCAACU